GUUAUGAAGGCACAAACUGUGAGAUUGACACCGACGAGUGUGCUGAACAUCCUUGUGACAAUGAUGGGGAAUGUUUUGAACGUUCAAAUCUGAGUCACUGGGAGCUUGAUUGGGAACGAAGCUAUGCAAAUGCAGCUGGAUAUAUUUGCCAGUGUCAGUCAGGGUUUGCAGGACAGAACUGUACCAUUAACAUUGAUGAGUGUGACUCUGAACCCUGCCAUAAUGGAGGCACUUGUGCAGAUCAAAAAAAUGGUUAUGUUUGUACCUGCCCUGCCGGGUUUUCAGGUUUUCUUUGUGAAAUGAAUAUUGACGAAUGUGAAAGCCAGCCCUGUCAGAAUAAUGGCUGGUGCGAAGACGACAUUGCUUCCUACAACUGUCACUGUCCUGAGGUCAAUGUUGGUUAUUGGCCAUGGGGAGGCAAGGACUGCAGUGUUAAGCUUUCGGGCUGUGUCCGCCAUGAAUGUCAAAAUGGAGCCACCUGCUACCCGUGGUUUGAUGGAGUUGAACAUGGCCACACCUGUUUGUGCCCUCAUGGCUUCAUGGAUGAGCAGUGCUCUACGCUAACAACAUUCUCUUUCUCUUCCCCGCGGUUCAUUUUUAUUAACGUUUCUCAAGAGAUGAUCCAAACUGAGACCCAAAAUAAUGAAUUUGCAAUACAGUUCCGCUUCCGGACAACAUUGUUUGAUGUGUUACUCUUUUACAGAGGAGAUGUUGACACCUAUGUCCUGAUCGAGAUUGUGGAUGGUUUCCUUCACACAAAAGCACUUUCUGAUGGAGCUGAAGUGAAUUUGACCUUUCCUGUCGUUGUUAAUGACGGGUUUUGGAGAGAUAUUCAUGUAUUUGAGCAUAACAAAGGCAUUCGUUUGAUAAUGAAAGGACCUGGCUGUUACAGAGAUAACUGCAUAGCUGGAGAUGAAUCACCUUUCCAUACAUUGGAAACCCUCUCGCAUAUAUAUGUUGGUGGAGCAUCUGAAGAAAUGUUACUUAACUCCCUAAGUGAGGCAAACUUUAUUGGAUGCAUGGAAGACUUAAAGAUCGACACCCAACCGAUCCUCCUUCAAUCAUUUCAAGAGAAGGAAGUACAAAAUCAUGGAUGUCCCAAGACCGAAUGGUGUAAGCCUGAUCCCUGCUAUGGGAAUGGACAUUGUAUGGACCUGUGGACCAACUACCGCUGUGACUGCCAGCGUCCCUUCUAUGGUGAAAGAUGCACUGAAGAAUUACAGUCCUGGACAUACAGCCAUGAGGACAGUGUGAGUUUUAGCUUGUAUGAUAUCGGCAAGAGCCAUGGGAGGGACUUUCAAGUGUCCUUCUUUUUGAGGUCACGAAAGAUGGACGGGCUGAUCUUUCAGCUGAGAACACCCAAGGAAGAAGUCUACUUUUCCAUUUAUCUAAAUAUGGGGAGAAUUUUUAUCAGCUCUCGGACCAACAGUUCCCCCUUAACAGCUCCCGUAUUUUUGACAACGGGAGAGAAGCAAUUCCUUCUGGUAGAAGUCCAGCAAAGGCACGUUAUCUUUGCGCAUGCAAGUCUUCGUUAUGGAAUAGGGACCAUACCUGAUGUGAGCAUUAAGAGCGGGGAUCAGGCUUACUUAGGAGGACUACCGGAAAACUGGGACUCUAAUCCUUGGGGGGGGCAUUAUAAAGGUUGCAUCCAGGACUUUCGUUUGGAUUCAAUGCAUCUGGAGGUGGAUACAUGGAACGAUCAAAAUGGAGAGGACAUCUAUUUAUCAAGUGAAGCUGAAAAUGUCAAGAGAGGCUGCAUCAGCGAUCAGACUUGCAAGAUGAGUCCUUGUCAAAACGGAGGCGAAUGCACAUUCUCAUUCAAUGACUUCACAUGUUUGUGUCCGGAGGACUACACAGGCGUUACUUGUGAAACUCGAAUAUGGUGUGUCAGCGAUCCUUGUUUAAAUGGUGGCUACUGCGUCAACCUCGUUAAUAGAUAUGAAUGUAUAUACAAUGCAACAUUCAACAACAGUCCUGUACAGUUCAGUGCUGGAGAUUCCUUGGCUGAACCGGUAUCUUCAAUAUACAUGGAGCUACGGACCCGUUCUGAGAGUGCAGUUCUUUUGAAGGCCUCAAAGGGUUCUGACCUGCUGAUAGUAGGUCUGCUUGACUCCUCAAUCUGGGUUGAGAUCCACAUAGCCACCAGACCUGAGUUACUGAUCUUUACCGGAGAGCGCAAAGUGAGUGAUGGCAGGUGGCAUCGGGUAAAUGUAUCCAUGGCAAAGCAAGAUCACAAAGCUUCUCACUGGCUAAUUACUGUGGAUGGAAUAGUUGACGCCAGCAGCCUACCUAAGACCACAGGCAGUUUACACUUUCUCCAUGAUCAAAGUUCUGUUCUCACCAUAGCAGAGAGCUUUAUCGGGUGCUUAGGAGCAGUAAGGGUCGGAGGAGUUUAUCUUCCAUUUGUCAGUGACUUCAACACUCCACAGCAAUCUCCAUUCCGUUUACUUGGAAAACAAAAACUGUAUUUGGGCUGUAGCGGUGUCCCUGUUUGCGAUUCAGAUCCGUGUCGAAAUGGAGCUACAUGUCAUGAUCUCUUUAAUAAAUAUAACUGUCAGUGUGACUCAGGUUGGGAAGGACAUCUCUGUGAGACAGAAACUGAUGAUUGUGUUUCCCACCCUUGUGCUCAUGGGAACUGUCAAGACUACUUAACUGGUUUUGAGUGUCUGUGCCACCCUGGAUAUUCAGGAACACUCUGUGAUGUGGAUAUUAAUGAGUGUGAACAACAUGCUUGUAAACAUGGAGGCACCUGUCAAGACGGAACCAACAUGUACACCUGUUCAUGCCCAAAAGAUUACAGCGGUCCACUAUGCGAGUGGGACUAUCCACCACUACAAUGUGGUAAAGAUGUGCUUUGUGCAAAUGAUGGAAUCUGCAAUGAUGGCCUCUGGGGAGCAAACUGUACAUGCGUUCCAGGAUUUAAAGGCAAAAGAUGUGAACUGGAGAUUGAUGAGUGUGGCUCCAACCCCUGUCGACAUGGUGCGACGUGUUUGGAUCGGUUAAAUAUGUUUGUGUGUGAAUGCCCACCAGGAUACAGUGGGCCAGUCUGUGAAACCAAUACACAAGCCAAUAAACAAGAAAUGGCCUGGCUGGUCACGUCUGUCACCUUGUUGUUCCUCUCCAUGCUAGUUUUAAUAUGUGGUUUGACCUUCAUGAUUUUAACAACAAGAAAGAAGCGCCAGUCAGAGGGAGUUUACAGCCCCAGCUCUGAAGAGCUGGCCGGGGCUCGGUUGAAGAUGGACAGAAUGCUCAAAAUUCCACCAGAGGAAAGACUCAUUUGACAGAAGUCAUCGACCAUAUGGAAAAUAUCAAACUUUUGCAGUUUGUAUCUGUUUUAUAGUGAACAUAGUAUUGCAUUUGAGAGUCCCAGAUAUAAGGUAAAUUUGUACAGCAUGAAACUUGUAUAUUUUGUGAACUUAAAAGAACAGUAUAUGACAGUAAUUCCAUAUACAGCAUCCUUUGUAGAUGUGUGCCGUGUCAAACUUACAUGAGUUCAACAACCAUCAGUAAACUUAUAUAUUGCAAGCAGGGACUGCUGUGACCUAAAUUUGGCCUGAGAAUAGUCGUCAGCGUGGGGGUGGAGGUUUGGGGCGGCUUGGUAUGGUUGUUGGUCAACAUGCUUGGAAAAAAAA